CUCUCCGUCCCUGGUCCACAGCCGGCUCUCUCGCCGCGGCCACACGAAAAUCGCCGUCGCCGUUCCACCGUGUCAGGCAGCCAGCCAUUAACUACUCUGCUCAGGUUAGUCCCAGCCACGACCGCUUCCUUCCUUCCUUCCUUCUUCAAGAUCCUUGCUUGCUCUUCCAAGAUUUCAGCUGCUCCGGUGAUGGUGGCGGUUACGGCGGGCAGGCGGCCAUCGGCGGGGCGCCGCCGCGCUGCGGGAUGCGAGCAGCAGCCGCAGCAGCAGAGCCAGCACCAGCAGCAGCAGAGGCUGCUGGCGGUCGCCGUCGCGGCGCGCCUCGCCGCGGCGGGCACCGACGCCGCUGUGUACGGGGGCGGAGGGUGCUGCCUCGACUUCCUCGACUGCGUGCUCCGGGCGCUGGGCGUCACCGCCGCCGCCGCCUCGCCCGCGGAGUUCAGGUGGGCCGUCCGCCCGAUGCGGCGCCGAGGCCGGCGCGGGGGCCCCUCGCCGCGCGGGUGCUCCGGCGAGACGAGGGACGGCGGCGCGCCGCCCGGGCGGAUCGCCGGCAACGGCGCCUCCGCCGCCGCCUCGCUCUACACGAUGCAGGGCAAGAAGGGCGUGAACCAGGACGCCAUGGUUGUCUGGGAGAAUUUCUGUUCCAAAGAAGAUACAAUUUUUUGUGGUGUUUUUGAUGGCCAUGGACCAGAUGGCCAUUUGGUGUCCAAGAGGGUUAGAGAUCUCCUCCCUAUGAAGUUGAGUGCAAAUUUAGGAAGAGAUGAACGCAAAGAAACUUCAAGCAUUGUCACAGGGUCCAUGACUGAAGAUGGUGCCACUAAACACAUGGAUAGAGAUACUGAAACUCCCCUAGGAACUGACGAUAAUGGAGAGUACCCUAAUACGUUUGCUGCAUUGAGAACUUCAUUCUUGAGGGCAUUUUAUGUAAUGGACAGGGAUCUUAAGUUGCAUAAAAAUAUUGACUCUGUAUUCAGUGGUACCACAGCAGUCACAGUGAUCAAGCAGGGACGUGAUCUUAUAAUUGGAAACUUAGGGGAUUCUAGAGCUAUCUUGGGAACUAGAGAUGAAGAUGACCAGCUUCUUGCUCUACAAUUGACAGUUGACCUCAAGCCCAGCAUUCCAAGUGAAGCUGCACGGAUUAGGAAACGAAGUGGCAGAAUAUUCUCUCUUCCAGAUGAACCAGAUGUUGCUCGUGUUUGGCUUCCAAAGUACAACGUGCCAGGUUUGGCCAUGGCACGAGCAUUUGGAGACUUUUGUCUAAAGGAUUAUGGUUUAAUUUCUAUGCCUGAUGUUUCCUACCACCGCAUCACUGAAAAGGAUGAAUUUGUUGUGUUGGCGACCGAUGGGGUGUGGGAUGUACUUUCCAACACAGAAGUUGUUAGCGUUGUCAGCCAAGCCAAGUCAGAGGCAUCAGCAGCACGACUUGUUGUCCAAUCAGCUCAACGUGCAUGGAGAACACGGUUUCCCACGUCAAGAAUCGAUGACUGUGCCGUUGUCUGUCUGUUCUUGAAUACAAAUGCUAGAAAUAAAUCCUCUGGUUCAGGAACCACAGAUUAGGCCAAUGACAGAGAACUGGACGGUGGUAAGCAUCCUUGAGUCUCUUAUCAAGCACUGGGGCUCAUACCUAUCUCGUUACUGCAUUGGUAACAGGUGAUGAGCUCUGGCCUGUUCUUGAUGAUGUCUCCAAAAAUCUGCCAAAGCCUACUUAAGUUACAGGGGAAAGCAUAAAACCCAUACUUGUGUAUAGACUAGGAUCCAUUUUGCCCAAGAUUUGUGCAGCUUAUUUAUACUAAAUACUUGCAAUGAUUCUUCUGCAUGCGAAGACGAUGCCAGUUUACUUUGCAUGUCGGGGAGUUGUUGCUUGGUUUACUCUGCACUGGCCUGAGUAUGUAGCUCUAGGUCCGUUGUUUUGGUUAUUCUGUAAAGUAUCUAAUCAUUUUAGUUCAAGUCUAAAGAAAUUCAGUCUAGUUCAUGGUAUUGCAUUUGUUCAUAAUAAUUCCAAGAUUUACAUGGCAGUGAUCCUUUUUUGUUCUAUUCUUUCUGUUUCUUAUUAAGAUUCUACGUAGCUGCAGUUUUUUGUUAAACUUGUCCUCAGUUCUCAAUCG